AUGACAGCUUUAACAACAUUUUUCUGCAGUGUCUGCCUUUUACUAAGAGCCAUUACAGGAAAAGCUGACAACCAUUUUGAAACAGUAUUUUCAAUUCCCAAUCCUUUAACAAAUUUCCCACUUCGAAAUAUUGAAUUUGACCCUCAAAAUGAUGACAUCUUUGUGAGUGGGAAGAAUGUCUUGUACAAAUUAUUGAAAGAGGACAAUUAUAGAGAAUAUAAGAAUAAAUCUACUGGUCCAGAUAAGGUUUGUUUUCCAGAGGUAGAGAGACAGAAAAAAUACUGUGGAGAUGAUGAAAAUUCAGUCAUGAUUGUAACACCCGAUUACCUGAUCACAUGCAGCACAUUGAAAGGGGGACUGUGCAGAAAGCGAAACAAAAUGAAUCUGAAUAGUACAGGGGAUGUGUCAAAUGUUGGAUUAGUAUCAGACAUUGAAAAAUCUGCUGUUGGAAGACUAAUUACUGUGACUGUCAAGACUAGUUCUGGAAGAACAAAUGAAUCUCGUUUACUGUUUGCAAAAUCAUACACUACUUUGCCCUCAAAUAUUGCAGGUUCGAUGGAUAGAACUGCUAUUUUCUCAGUUGCGCCAGAUUUACCUGCAAAAUCAAUUUCUACUUCAGUUUUAAAGAAGGAGAAUAUAUUUGACAUGCUUUUGAAAGAAAGAAUAGUAGAUAACACUAAACUGGAAUACAAAGCUCUGCUGGAGGAUGAUAACUUCGCGUUUCUUCUGUUGAACCAGAACUCCAAAGCUAAAAUUGCAAAAAUCUGUAAAUCUGUUGAUAGUGUUGAUCCAAAGAGAGUGUAUGAAGAUAUUCCUAUAUAUUGCUAUAAAGAUGGUACCAACUUCACACAAAUGAAACAUGGGACGUUUGUUUCUUAUUUGGGCAGUAGGUAUUUAGUGGCUGUGUUCUCUAAUUCUGAGAAUUCAGCAGCAGUCUGUGUGUUUAAGGAAACUGAAAUUUUAAACAAAUUUCUGGAGUCUAGAAGAGACAGAUAUGGUUGCCCAAAACAUGACCUCACAGACAAUGAUGCAAUAUUUGGACAGGAAAAGGAUGUCAAAUGUGUACACUGGAUGUCAAUUACUAAGGAAAAUGAGGUAAUCAUGCAUGUUUAG